AUGCACAUGAUGGAUCCACCUCCUACCGCGGGAGUGAAGCGGAAACGCGAGUCCAAGACCAACCAGCCAAAGUUUUACGCGGUCCGCAUCGGGAAGGAGCCCGGGAUAUAUCAUACCUGGAACGAAUGCCUAGAUCAAGUCCGCGGAUYUCCAAAAGCCAUGUUCAAAUCAUUUGCGACCUUGAGUGAUGCGCAGAAGUUUGUCAACAAUGAGGAGACUGCGAGUAGUGGGGUGGRAAAGGUCACCAAGUGGUAUGGAGUGCGGGCAGGUCGGAAGCCGGGCGUGUACACCUCCUGGCAAGACGUACUYGAUCAGAUCACUGGAUGGAAGGGACCCAAGCAUAAAGGCUUCAAGACGAAGUGGGAAGCUGAGCAGUAUGUCGCAGAUGCGCAAGGUUAUGCAGCGCAGGAUAUACCCGUGGGAAGCAUUGAGGCGGGAGAGCCUGUGAGGAAGGCGAAGAAGACGAAGAAGGGAGUCAAGGAUGAGCUCAGUCCACCGCCGAUGGAGCAGGGGGAAUACGAGCCUGGAGAGGCGCCCUUAGGAGAGGAUGCCGAAGAUGGCUUCGACUCCAACAUCCUUCUGGACCACACCACGGAUGGUGCGCGCUACAAAACGAGGGAAGAGCGCGAGAAGAUGACGUAUCAAGUUGCCCGUCCAGUCAGAGAUGCACCAAUACGAAUCUACACAGACGGCAGUUCUCUUAGCAAUGGGAAGUCAAACGCGUGGGGUGGUGUUGGUGUCUUCUUCGGCCCUGCAGACAAGCGAAAUAUCAGCGAACCUCUUUCUGGAACCAAGCAGACGAACCAACGCGCAGAGCUGAUGGCCAUGGUACGAGCGCUGGAAGUUGCCCCCAAAGAUCGAAGGAUUGUUAUCGUUAGUGACAGCAAGUACUCCAUCGAUUGCGUUACGGAUUGGUUUCACAACUGGCAACGCAACGGCUGGGUGAAUUCUGCGAAGAAGCCGGUGGAGAACAAGGAUCUUGUGCAGAAGAUUCUCGAUCAAUUGGACGAGCGCAUACGCCUCAAUGCACAUCGUGUCGAGGAUGGAGAGGAUGCGCCGAGUACGGACAAACGCUCGGUGUGGGAUCGCGGUCCUGGUGGGGUGAGGUUUGAAUGGGUGAAAGGGCAUGACAAGGACGAGGGCAACUCUGCUGCAGAUGUGUUGGCUGUUGCAGGAGCGAGGACUGCGCAGGAAUUGGGAAGAGAUGUUACGUUUGAGGAUUGA